ACACGCCAAUUGUAGUUGUAGUAUCCGCCGGUCCUCUAGGUGGCGGUAAAUGAAGAGUGUCAACUGUCUCGUAACCGCUUGAGAAACGGGCGAACGACACCCCGGGAGGCUGGUGCAGGAAAAGGGAAGUCCCAGGGAUGCCGAAGAAAUUCCAGGGUGAGAACUCCAAAUCGGCCACUGCGAGGGCCCGGAAAGCCGAGGCAAAAGCAGAAGCUGAUGCACGCAAACAGAAGGAGCUUGAAGAUGCUCUCUGGGAAGAUAAUGAUAAACAUGUUGUAAAGAAAGAGCAGAGGAGGGAUGAUAAAGAGAGAAAGCGUUUGGAGGCUCUGGAGAGGAAGAAAGAAAAACAAAGGCUUUUGGAGGAAGAAGAUGCCCAGAUAAAGGGUAAACAGACAAAAGAAACACCAUCUAAAGUGACCCGAGCCCAGAUUGUGGAGAACCUUCAGAGUGUGCCAAAUGUUAAAGAAGUUAAAGAGAAAGAGAAAACCCACUUGGACAUGCCACUUGAAGAAAACAUCAACCGGAUUGUUCCAGAAGAAGGCACGGUGGAGGCACGGACCAUUGAAGAUGCCAUCGCAGUUCUCAGCACCAAGGAAGAUCUGGAUAGGCACCCCGAGCGCCGCAUGAAAGCUGCGUUUGCAGCUUUCGAGGAAGCGAACAUGGCACGCUUGAAAAUGGAGAACCCCAACAUGCGACUUUCGCAGCUGAAACAGCUGCUGAAGAAAGAGUGGACGAAGUCCCCCGAAAACCCCCUUAACCAGCGCGUGGCCUCAUACAACACGAAGUAAUCCAGCAUAACGGCACUAAAAGACACUCUGGCCCUCCACACAAAACCUAACAGACACAAAAUGGCACUCAGAUUAAAUUUAAAGAUAUAUAAUUAGGACAGAUGCAUGCAUAACGUUUGCUGAUGCAUUCUUUUAUUUUUUUUCUGAUUCGUGGGAAUCAGAUUUCAACGUGAGUUUGUGAUCCACACACAACCCUUUGCCUAUAUGUGAACUCAUCAACAAACUUUAUUUAACUAAUUCAAUAAACGUAUGAAUUAUUUUGGGCACAACAUGAUUUGCUCGUCUGUGGCAAUUAAAAGCUGCAGAGAAAGUUUAUUGUUUGGUUUUAGAGUGGAUUGUGUUGAACUCAUUUAUAACAAGUUUUGGUUAACCUGAGGCAGUUUUUUUAUUAAAAUACCUGUGCAGUGAUCAUUAAAAUCCAACUGCUGGUUUGAUGUUUUUGAAAAAAAGAAAGGGUAUCUAAUAAUUGCCCACAUAAAGAUCAGGUGAUCAGACUUUUUUUUUUGAUUGAUCUUAAAUGAUGCUUUGUUUUGAAACAGCACUUUGGACCUUAAAUGGACAAUAUCCACAUUCAGAAACAUGUGGACUAACAGCCUUUGGACUUCUAUACAUGUGUAUAGUGUUGACUGGCUUCUGCAGUACAAUACUGCUGCCAAACAGAACUAAUGCACUUCUGGGUUUGCUUUGCAUCUGUGGAGGAAGACAAAAGCUCUUAGUAGCUUUUGGAAAAUUAUAAUAAAGCAGAAAGGAAUAAAUAUUACCACAUUAUA